GACAGUGAGAGAUCUUCACCUCGCCGCUACAUUCUCCGUCCCUGCGGGGAUAAAACCCCCGCCCUGGACCUGCUGCCACUUUCUCCCUGUUGUGUUUAGCCCAGCUUGAACCCGCAGAGAGCCAUGGCCAUGCUGCGAGUGUCUUCCUACCGAAAACUGUUUGAGGAUGAAAGCUGGAGUAGGAGCGGAAGGUCGAGUGCGCAGUGUGCGGGGCAGUACCGGGCCUCCGUCAGGGGGGCCUCCAUUGAUGAGUGUGACUGUGACAAGUUCGACUUUGUAGCUGCGAAAGCGCUCAACAAAGAGGGUCUGACCCGGUUUGUCCAGGAUAGAAACGUCAUUGGUGCCCUGAACGACCGGUUGGUCCGAGUUAUUGAGCUGGCUCAUUGUUUUGAGGAGGAGAACGAGUCUCUUGAAUGUCAGAUAGUUGAGCUGGAGGAGCAGCUGAGCAGGCGGCAGGUCUCCAGCAUCACCUCCUCUGUAGCCGUGCCUGACUUCAGUCUGGAUGCUGUGGUGGAGAGGCUGCGCAGGGAGAGGGACGGGAUCCUGUGUGACACCGAGGAGCUGCAGAAAGAGCUGGAGCGCCUGAUGACAGAGUAUGAGAAGGCCGCUCAGCAGAGGAUCCUCCUCCAGCAGGACCGGCAAGAUGUUGCAGAGGAUGUCGAUGCUGUGACAGCAGAGUGUUUGGCGCUGAGGGAGCAAGUGGCUAUCUACGAGGAGCAGCUGGCCAACAUGGAGGCCCAGCACAAGACGGCAGUGGAGAGCAUGCUGGAGCCAGAUGAAGGGAUGACCGGAGCGAUGAGAGCUAUUAAAUUUGGCGUCCCUGACAUCACUGCGGCCCGGGAUGUGAAGGAGUACUACCGCCAGCUGGCUGAGAGCCUCCAGUUUGAGUGUGGUGCAGCAUCCUCUGCUGUGGUUCCCCGUGGUGAAGGAAAACAACUGGAUGUGGGAGGAGCUGCAGGGUCAGCGGGGAAAGACUUGUCAAAGAUGAAGGACGUCGGUGAAGUGAAGAGGCUGAUUGCAGAGCUACAAAAGGAGCUUGCUGAGCUGGAGAAGUGUAACGAGGAGCUGGAGGACGAGGUUGACAUGAAGAAGGCUGUGUACAUGGAAGAGAUCGCUGAGUUAGAGUGUACUUUAGAUGAAAUGUGGCAGCAGGAGGCAGACUUCCAGGUGCAGAUGAAUGAGCAGUGUGAAGACUACAAGGAGCUGCUCAGUGAGAAGAUGGCCAGAGAGAUGGAAAUAACCGCCUACAGGAGUCUGUUGGAGGAAGAGGACGAGUGCUUGUGUGACCCGUGACUCGUAGCCAGAGAGCCGGACUGGAUGCUCCCUCUCACCUGGAUACGAAAAUAAAGCAAAGAGAACCGUGAAACACACACUGGGGUGAAGCUUAAGGUACCAAUGCAGCAAUUAAAGCAGAACUUAUCAUGACAGAUUAAUGCCGUCUGGAGGCCUGAGCCGGGCCAGUGAUAACAGGUGAUGACCGCGAGACUCCAAGAAAGAUGGAGCUGUC